AUGACAACGACCACCACAACCUCCAACGGCCCAGCACCUCCCACCAAGCCCACGAAACCCAUCAUCGACCCGGCAUCAAGCAGACUAUUCAAGCCACUGCAGGUGGGCAAGAUGCAGCUCGCCCACCGCAUCGUGUUCCCCCCAUUGACCAGGAACCGCAAUGACGAAGCUCACACCCCGCUGCCGUUCAUGGCGAAGUAUUACGCCGACCGCGCCUCCACGCCAGGAACACUGGUGAUCUCCGAAGCAACCGCCGUCUCCCAUCUCGAAGAAGGCCAGGACAACACCCCCGGAUUCGUCAGCGAGCGCCAGGCCGCAGCGUGGAAAUCCAUCAUCGAUGCAGUCCACGCAAAGGAGUCCUACUACUUCCAGCAGAUCUGGGGAAUGGGCCGCGCCUCGUACCCCGAGUUCCUGGCCAAGAAGGGGUUCAAGUACCGGUCCAGCAGCGCGAUCCCCAUGGACGACGUCGAAGCUAUUCCCCAGGAAAUGACAGAGGAGGAGAUCCUAGAGAUUAUUCAGAGCUUUGUCGAUACGGCCAGGCGCGUCAUCGCUGCCGGGGGCGAUGGCGUGGAGAUCCAUUGUGCCCAUGGCUACCUCCUCGACCAGUUCCUUUCCGACGCCGUCAACAAGCGCACCGACAGAUGGGGCGGGUCCACCGAGAACCGCGCACGGCUGGUCCUGCAGGUCGUCAAGGCCGUUGUGGAUGCUGUGGGCGCAGACCGCGUCGCCCUGCGACUAUCGCCGUAUGCAGCGUUCCAACAAGCCGAGAAAGGCGACAUCCACGGCCAAUACCUAUAUAUCAUUGAGCAAUUGAAGGCAACGGUGCCGCCGCUUGCCUACCUGUCUCUCGUGGAAGCAACCGGCGACCCCGGGGCAUUGAUCUUCGGUGGCAAAACCGUCAACCAGGGCAAGACGUUGGACUUUAUCUUGGAGGCCUGGGACAACCGGUCCCCUGUGAUCGUGGCAGGAGGCUACCGUCCCGAGACGGCGGCUUGGGCUCUGGAAGAGCACUACAAGAAGUGGGACGUGCUGGUUGCCUUUGGUCGCCAUUUCCUGGCUAAUCCUGACUUGGUCUUCAGGAUCCGGCAUGGGAUUGAGCUGAACAGGUAUAACCGGGCGACGUUCUACCUUGCGGAAAGUGAGGUCGGCUAUAAUGAUUACCCGUUCAGCGAGGAGUAUCUGGCUGUGCAUGCGGAAGCAUGA